AUGCCUUCUUUUGACGAGAACAAAGCUUAUGUCGAGCAAGAAGAGACCUUCUUUGACGACGGAAGAGAAAUUGAGCUUUUGCAUUAUAUCUAUGGAAGAGAUGAUAUCGAUGAGCUGCGUGGUUCGCCGGAGCGUGUGCUCCAGGCCAUUGAUGAGUUUGGUCGCACCAAGAAAUAUCUCAUGAACGUUGGUGAGGACAAGGGCAAGAUUGUAACAGAUCUUAUCGCUGAAGUGAAGCCCAAAGUCAUGGUUGAAUUGGGAGGCUAUGUAGGCUACUCAACCCUCCUCUUCGCCAACGCCGUCCGCAAAGCAGGAGGAUCGCACUACUACUCCCUCGAACGCAACCCCGAAUUCGCAGCAGUGAUAACAUCCCUCCUCGACCUCUCAGGCCUAUCCUCCAUCGCCCGCGUAAUCGUCGGCCCCAGCGACGCCGGCCUCGCGCGUCUUCACAAGAACAACACCAUCAGCAAGAUCGACCUCAUGUUCCUAGACCACUACAAGCCUGCCUACACAACCGACCUGAAACUCUGCGAGCGUCUCGGUCUUAUUGGACCGGGCAGCGUUCUUGCGGCGGAUAACGUCAUCAAGCCCGGAAACCCGCCGUACCUCGCAUACGUGAGAAGCAGUGUGGCUGAGAAGAAGGCGGCUGCGAAGAAGGGAAGCAAUGGUGAUGCGGAGAAGUUUGCGGAUAGGACGGCGAAGCAGUAUCUUAAGCGUGAGGGUGAGGAGAAGCUUAAAGAUGAGGAGGGUGAUCCGUGUCUGGUGUAUGAGAGUAAAUUGGUUAACAGCUUUGAACCAACUGGUGUUCCUGAUGCCGUUGAGAUUACACGGUGUACAGGCCGCGAAGAUUAA